AUGCUGGCCUCAGUCCCUGGUCUCACGGCGUCUGUUUCCUGUGAUUAUCGAUAUCUAUGUAUAGACCCGUAUCUGGAGAACGGAAGCGGAAACGGAAACAGAAACGGAGACGGGCUGUUCAUGUUUGAUCGUGAUCAGACGGUCCCGACGAUACCGGCUGAUUCUGAUUUCUGGUGCGGCGACAUCACUUCUCUGCUUGAGCUCGACGACGACGAGUUGAACCCAAUGGACUAUGUUCCUGCCGCUGCAAUGUCGUUUCAUGCUUCAUUACCGAUCAGUCUUGCUUCUACCUCGACUACGUCUACUGCUACGCCUACUGCUACCGCUACUGCUCCUACGCCUACUGCUACUACUCCUACUCCUGUGACAGACACAGCUAUAGCCACAAGUACAUCUACAGCACCAGCGUUGUUACAAUCACUACCACUACCACAAAUACAACUACAUUCACAAUCCACAGGAUCUACAUCAUACAUCACUCCCUCUUCACGCUGGAAAGCCCUAAUGACCCGCGACGGUCUUGCCACCAGUGCAUUCGUCUACGCCGUCCUGACGACCAAGAUAUACUGUCGACCGGACUGCAAGGCCCGGCUGGCGCGCCGGGCGAAUGUCGUCUUCUACGCCACUGCCGCGCAAGCUGAGAAGGCGGGGUUUCGGGCGUGUAAGCGGUGCAAACCGCGCAGAAGCCGCUCUCAGGGCUUUCGGCUUGGGUGUGUGACUGUUAAUGCAGGACAACUACAACCAUCAUCAUUCGGUGAACAAUCCGACCAUUCAUCAAGGUCUACUGUCGCCAAAACCCAUCUCGAGGCUGAACCCACUCUAUCGACGACGUGGGCGAGAGACAAUGGUGAUACGAUAUCGGAUCGUGCAGUCUCUUCAAGGGCAGAAACUGAUCAUGAUACAUCACGUCAUGUUCAUGCCGUCGCAUCGACUGUUGACAACGGUACCGGUACCACCAUAUCAUCAUCACCUCGGACCGUCGCGUCAAGGGGUCAUGACCACAUCGAUAGUGCAGAGGCAAGUACGGAGUCUACAGACGCAGGGCAGUGUUCCAUUUCGACGGAGACGCAACAGCCGAAUUCGACUCCCGUUACAGAAGCAACUCCGGACUGUAGGCAAAAGUCGACGACGAGAGACUCGGAUAUAAACCCAAACCCAGACACCGAAACAGACGCAGAAACAGAUCCAGACCCAGAUGACGUCCGCACCAAGAUCCAUCGAGCUGUCCAUCUCGUCCGCGACGCAGCUUCUGCAGGAACCACGCUCAGUCUGUCCCAGCUCUCCAAACAAGUCGGUCUGAGUAAAUGGCAUCUACAGCGCGUGUUCAAACAGCUUCAGGGCGUCACGCCGCGCGAGUUCGCAGAGCAGAUUCUCGCGAAUACUGAGGUGAGCGGUACUAUGGCCACUCCUAGGACUGUUGGAAGCCUCACUAUGGCCACUCUGAGAACUGUUGGCUACCGGAAAGACCGUGUCAGCGAGAAUGCGUGCCCCGAUACUAGUACCUCGAAGGAUGACGAAUGUUGGGAGUCUCAAAUGGAAAUGGGCGUUCUUUCAGGUGAGGAACGAUCCGCAACCAGCUCUGCGACCUUUGCACCGUCGAUUUUAGUAUCUGGAAACGAAAGAGAGGAGCUCACCUCUAGUCGACCCGGGCAUUGGGAAACCUUGGUACCGGACGGCAGUCUAGAUAUGACUCUGGCUGUGGACAGAGACAUGGACAUGAAUACGGAUCCGAACCUGGCUGCGGAUUCGAAUUUGAAUGUGCAUAUGGACCAGGAUGUUGAGGAUCUCCUUGGUGAUCUGUUUCCAGAGCUCUACGAUUAUCCCUGA